CUCGAGGACACCGUAGUAAUGUGAUCGGAACUUCCAUAGAAAAAACAAAUUCGCUGUUUUGAAAAGUGCUGCCAGUAUGGAGGGAGAUCCUCUCUCAGCCCUGUGUACUCCUGCUUUUGUGGUGGACGUGGACAAAGCGAAGAGGAAUGCCCAGAGGAUGAUCGAGCGCUGCCAGAAACUGGGAGUCCAGCUUCGUCCACACAUGAAGACCCACAAAACCCUUGAGUGUGCUGACAUUAUGACGGGUGGAUCACAGAGGUGCAUAGUGGUUUCCACCCUGGCAGAGGCCUGUUUCUAUGCUGACCAUGGAUAUGAUGACAUCCUCUAUGCCUACUCUAUUCCCUUUGAUAAGGUAGAGCGUUGUGCAGCCCUGUCAGAGAGACUGGCUCUCUUCCAGAUUUUAUUGGACCAUCCUGAUGCUUUGGAGCAGCUCCGAAAAAGACCCCUGAAAGAUGGCCGGCAGUGGCACGCCUGGCUCAAACUCGACUGUGGCAAUGGGAGAGCUGGCGUCCUGCACUCGGAGCCAGGAGCGCUCAAACUGGCUGAAGCCAUCGCUAAGACGGAGGGCGUGGAACUUACAGGAGUGUACGCCCACUGUGGAAAUACCUAUUACUGCACAGGAGUUGAGCAAAUACAGGCUGUUGCCCAGGAAACCACCAAACUGACUCUGCAGUUCAUGGAAAAACUGAGGGCUGUUGGCAUCACCUGUAAGUCCAGCAUUGGCUCCACCCCUUCCUGUAGCCAUCCAGUCAAAGACAUGGCGCAGCUGAGCGAGGUCCACCCAGGAAACUACGUCUUCUAUGAUGUGCAGCAGUCUAUGAUUGGCUCAUGCUGUAUGGAGGACGUGGCUGUGAGGGUUCUCACAAGAGUCAUCGGUCACUGUCCACACAGGAACCAGCUCCUGAUUGACUGUGGAUGGGCUGGAAUCAGUUUGGACGGAGCUGGAAAACUUCCCACUGGAUACGCUGUGAUCGAGGGGCAUCCAAACCUCAAGUUGUUGUCUAUGACCCAGGAGCAUGGACGAGUGGAGCCCAUCUCAGGACAACUGGACUACAGCAAAUACCCCCUGGGCUCUCUGCUCAUACUGAUUCCCUACCAUUCAUGUGCAACAGCAGUGAUGCAUCCUGUGUACCAUGUACACUCCAAGGGUCGUCUGGUAGGGAAGUGGACGCCCACUCGCGGGUGGUGAAGAGCUGGACGAUGUCUCCCCCUUCUUGUCUCUUUGGGACAAGUGAGAUAUAUAGAGACUCAUUCCAAAUAAUUUACACAUUAGAAACACAUACAGCGAUUCCUUCUUUGUUAGUGAGAUGUGCCAUCUUGAUGGUAAAACAUAUAAUUAAUGAAAAUAUUCUCACUGUGGGCUUCAGAAGUUUCAUACUGUAACAGAAACCAUGUUGCACUAAUGUUAUGUCUUUAAAAUUAAUUUUUGUGUUCUGCACCUGUUUUUCACUGUCUGCAAGGAGACCUAGCUAGUGAUGACUUAAUAGAAAGUCAUAUCACUUGUGCUAUCAGCUGUUAAUACCAAUGCUAAUAAAUGUUUAUGAAUGACCCUUUAUAUACAACUGCAAA